GGGCGUCGGCGAAGUUUUAAAAGCUGUAGUAAGUGAGAUUGUGACCAAAUCAUAGGCAGGACUGGGUACAGGAACAGGUUUUCCUAUCCGACAGCAUCAACGAGAUCAUGGAUGAAUUAUCUCUGGAAGAUGCACUGGGUCCUGAUCCUUCAAGUGCUGGCACAUUGAAUGCAGGUGCCACAAAUCCACAACCAGGGCAGCAGGGACCGCCGGGACAGCAGGGACCGCCGGGACCUUGGCCAGGGCAGCCGGGGCCUUGGCCGGGGCAGCCUGGGCAGCCGGGACCUUGGCCGGGGCAGCCUGGGCAGCCGGGACCUUGGCCUGGGCAGCCGGGACCUUGGCCGGGGCAGCCUGGGCAGCCGGGACCUUGGCCUGGGCAGCCGGGACCUUGGCCUGGGCAGCCGGAGCAGCCGGGACCUUGGCCGGGACAGCCAGGGCAGCCGGGACCUCCGUGCCCUGUUUCGUUGCCAGUACCUUAUGAACUUCCUAUCCAAGGAGGUUGGAUUCCAAUGAAAUUGUUGGUAAUUGAGGCGACUGUCAAAAUGAAUGUUGACAAAUUUGCCAUCGAUGUCUACUCCGGCCAGGAUAUUGUUUUUCAUUUCAAUGUUCGCUUCAAGGAAGGUGGCCAUCAUCAAGCUAUUGUUCGAAAUAGCAGGAUUAGAAAUGAGUGGGGUGCAGAAGAAAGAGGUAUACCAGGCUUUCCAUUCAAGAAAGGAGAAUAUUUUAAAUUACUGAUUCUUGGUGAAGCAGCACAAUACAAGGUGGCUGUGAAUCAACAACAUUUGAUUGAAUUCAAACAUCGAUUUAAGAGUUUGAAAGAAGUGACCAAGGUCAACAUCUAUGGUGAUAUUACUCUGCAUAAGGUGGCUAUGAUGUAAACUCUGGAAACUAUUUUAAAGUGACUGCUGGCACUUGGAUAUAUGCAAACACAGGCACUUCUUACUAAUUGGUAAACUCUUACUUAAUUCACUUUAUGAUACUAGUACCUCUGAAUCAAUUCCAGGAUUAAUUAAAUUGUAAAGGCACAGAAACAGACCAUUCAGCCUAUCGAGCCUCUGGCAGUGUGUGAUCCAUAUUGUCUCACCUCACUUCUUGCUUACAUGCCUUUCAUUGCGUCUUAAUUUUUUUAACCACUGAUUAAUUGUUUUUAGAAUACUUCAUGGACUCUACUUAAUGGUUGGGAGUUCUUUAUCUCUGAGAAUUGUUUCUCAGCCUUUCAUUUUCUUAUGUAUGGUUGUGCGAAAUGUGUUUUUUUGGUGUAAAAACACAGUCAUUAUUUAACAUUAUUUUAACCCUUUAAAAUCUUGAAAACCAACUCCUAAAAUCUAACCCUGAAGAGGAAAACCCCCUCCUUUCUCAAAUCUCCCUUCAUUACUGUAAGUUAUUUUUGUUACAGCUUUAAAGUGAACAAAUGCUGUAUAUUUUUCAUAACUUUCAUACCUUUAUAGUAUAGUUUUUACAACUACAUGCAGUAUUCCAUCUCCAAUUUAAAUAGGUAUAUUGCUUUUCAUCAAAUUACUGCAGUCACGCAAAACACAAUCAUCCUUCCCUAUGAUAUGCGCAACUUUAUGACUUUAUGUAGUUCACGAUUGAACCACAACUUUAGCAUCCACCAGACACGUUAGUAAUAACAAAAUGCCUCAGUACAAGAAAAUUGACUAAAAUUUGAGGAAUAUUAUCAUGUGUAAAUUGACUGAGCUUUAUAUUUGCUUAUAUAAUAAAAGUGACCAAAAUAUAUGUAUA